AUGCGUAAUUUUACUGGAAAUACUCAGUUUACUUAUAAAGACCCCACAUCAAAUUUUAAUAGAAAUAAAGUUAAAGGAUUAGUUGUUGAAUUGAUUACUUUAGAUUCAAAAUAUGCCGAAUGUUCAACAGCUUUAGAAAUUUGUGCUGGUGGAAGAUUAUAUAAUGUACAACAAUAUUUAUUUAUUUAUUGUCAUAUAGAUAGUGAAAGAGGUCAACUUAAAAGAUGUGUGACUAUCAUUCCACUAAACCAAAUCCAAGUAUCUAAAAUGUCAUCUGAGAAACUUGCAGUUUCUAAACAAAUUUCUCCAGACAAAGUAGAUUUGGCAUUAAACUUGAUAUGUUAUGCUAAUGAAGUAAAAGCAGCGAUGGAAUAUGUUUUUGGCAAUACAUUGAUUUGCAUGGAUGCUGAAACAGCAAAAUGA